GCUACUCUGAAAACAUUUAGAACGUAAACACGAAAGGAACAAGCUUAUACUUGCUUUGUUUGUGGGGAAAAAACAACAACAAAAAGACUUAUAAAUUAAAUACUGGAACCUCGAAUAUGCAUUCAGGUGAACCAAAUAUUCAUAGCUAGUUUAAAAAAUAGAAAAAUGUAUACAGGGAUGCCAUUCCAUUAUUUAGCCUGGCCUAGCCUAGCCUAAUCACUAAUUCAAAUUGACUAAUUAUUUGCAAAUACUUUUUUUAUUUUGAAUCUGAUGAUUAAAGGAACCUUGAAUGUGAUUUUACUCUUUUAGCAAGCUUAGUGAAGUUAGUCUUAGAUUCAGACUUUGAUGAUCAGUUUUGUCUUGAGUUGAUACAGUCAUAGUGUUACUGUUACAGCCUCUUUCGGCUCUUACUCUUACUAGCUUUACACUUACAACUCAUACUCAGUGACAACUGUGUUGUUUAUUAUUAUUAUAUUAAGUUUCUGCUUACCAAAUAAAAUGAAGCUGAUUUUUUUGCCUUUUAAUGUGAAUUGUUAUUUAAGAAAACUCUUUAUAUUUAUAAUUAAUUAAAUAAUUAAGUUGGCUUAAUGGAUUUCAAUUAGAGAAUACUCUGAAGCAUCGGUGCCAUCAGGAAAAGGGGUAAAGACAUAUGAAAUGGCUUUUUGAUUUAAAAUACUACAAGCAGGGCUGGAGGAAGUUAACAAUCAAACAACACAAAACAUGACUAUGAUAAGAGAACAGACAGAUGAAACCAUUAAAAUUAGAAACCACACUUUUGAAAAAGUAUAUCAAUUCAAAUAUCUAGGAUCUUUUUUAAAUGAAAGAAACGAAAUGCUAACAGAAAUAAAAGAAAGAAUAUCACCCGGAAACAGGGCAUACAUGAGUAGUCAGAAAAGGCUCAAAAGUAAAAACAUUACAAGAAAAACAAAGAAUACUAUUUAUAAAACUGUAAUCAGGCCAAUUGUAACAUACGCAAGUGAAACGUGGACCUUAACAAAAUGGCAGGAAACCUAUUAAACACACGAAAGUGAAAAUUUCUCUGGCAAAUAUAUGGACCAACAUGAAAAUAGAUGGAGAAUAUGAACCAACCAGGAAAUGUAUAAUCUAUAUCAGGAUCCCAUGCUAGUAGCAGAAAUAAAAAAGAGCAGGGUACGCUGGGCGGGACACUGAAAAAGAAUACCAAAUCACAGUGGAGUGAAGAGGAUGCACCACUAAAACCCCAGAGGAAAACAGCUGAAAGGCAGACAUAGGCUUCGAUUGAUGGAUGAUGUGGAAAAAUAUCUACAACAGCUGGGUAUGCAAGCAUGGAAAAGAAAAGCAUUAGUUAGGUCUAAGUGGAAGAAAGUGGUGAGGCAGGCUAAAGCCCUACAUGGGCUGUAGCACCACAGGGAUAGAUGGGAACUAAUUGAUUGUAAUUGUUCAUAAUCCUUGUAAUUGUUAGAAAAAAAUAAAGUUCAUCUUGCAUGCACAUAUUAUAAGUUUAUCUGAUUUUCUUUUUUACAGAGAUGUUAACGAGAUUGCAAGGAAUUCUUUGACCUCUGCAUAAAAAGUUUAGUUUUAAAACUAUGGCAUCAUUUUUGCCAUAUAAAAUUCCUUAUCAGAACCAACUGCAGUUUAAUCUAGGUGUUCCAAUAACAACAGAGAACAUGGGUGUUCAGUUUCAGCAGCCUCGGCCAAUUCUAGUGGAGAGAAUAUCCGGCCAACAUGGAAUACCUGGAAAAGUUUCAGCUCAACAUUCAGGUUUGCUUUAGAUAUAGCCCAGUGGAAUAUACAAAUUAUGUACUCAUUAUUUUUUAAUAUUUGCUUAAUGGAUGUAAUCUUCAGUUAUCUUUACCACCUGGCAAUGGAUUAAAUAAAGUUGCUUUUUCUCUAACAUCUUUCUAAUAUUAUUUCUUCUACACAUUGAAAAGAAAGUUAGAAUUUAGUCUUUUGUUAGUCUUUUGUUUUGUAUAAGCUUGAGACUUUAGGAUUUAUGUUUUUAAAUCCAUUGGAAAAAAAUAUCUUGACCAAGUGCAAAUUACUCUGCAGUUUCUGUUGUUAACAAUUUGUUUAAUACUACUAAUAAAUGAAUACAUCUUGAAUUUUUUUUUCUUAAAGAGCCAACAAGAGAAUCAGGUGUAAAUUAUUCCAUACUAUCAGAAGAUAAAAUGUCUAUGAUGUCACAUCUUGCAAGACGAGAUAUACACAAUGGAUAUUUACAAGCUAAGGUAGUGUAAUGUUGCCUACUUCCUGCUUAGUAAAAACCUUAAAAGGCAGAUUUCUAAACCAGGGGUGGGCAAACUAGGGCCCACAGGCUUUAGAUAUUAUGCGGCCCCCGAAGGCAUUUAGAAAUUUUAAAAAAUUACUUUGUUUUUAAGCUAUUUUGUUGAAUUAUACUGAAUUUCACGUACCGUUAUGAUUGUUUUAACAUUUUUUAUCAUCUUUCUUUCUAAUUUUCUUUUUCUUUAACAGUCCCUGACUUUUGUCAUGUAAUGCUAAAAUGCAAAUUUACUGAUUUUAAUUUCAGAGAAAUGUUUAUCCGCAUGUAAAAAUUGGACACAAUAUACAUGCGGUCCCCCAAUAGUUUUACAAGUGUCAAUGUGGCCCUCCGCCCAAAAAGUUUGCCCACCCCUGUCCUGAACCCUUGGGUAUGGGAAGCUUCAACAAUGGUUCUGAGAAGCUACUAAAGCGGAUAUGUUAAUUAUUAAAAUUGUGACAUCAGCAGAAAAAAUUGUGGGGACACUUCACAGUGAGGUCAAGGGGGAAUAUUAAUUGAAAAGUUUCAGAACUUCACAUUAAACAAAAACAACAGAUAAUUGUAACACCAGUAUUAGUAUGCUUUUUGAGAAAGAUUUCUUUUAUAUAUUUUCAAAAUUUUAAUUGACAGAGAGCAGCUGAAUCUCAGAGUGCAGAUGAAGCUCAGAGCCUGGCUAGAAAUCCUCAGACAUUCGCCUCAUCUCGCCACCAAGGGCAGAGUCGUAUUAGUGAUGCCAGGUUAAAGAAUAAACCUAACAAUCAACUAACAGUCAAAGAGACUGGGAAGAAUCGUGUUUUUGGUGCUGUACAGACCCCACCCCCUAGAAAACCCACCAUGUAUUAUAAGAGAGAUGAUUCAGUCCUGUCUGCAAGAAAUGGUAGUAUGUUAAUCAUCAUCAUAUCUUCUCUGUUCUUUCCAUCUUACAGACAUAGCUGUCUGUAAUAUUUUUUAUUUCUCUAUGGAUUUGGGGAGUCUGGUUAUAUUUAAGAAUUUUUGGACAUAUUAAGUCUCAGUUCGUUGCUUGGUUGGUAGAUUGGUUGGCUGGCUUGGUUAUAUUUAAGAAUUUUUGGACAUAUUAAGUCUCAGUUCGUUGCUUGGUUGUAGAUUGGUUGGCUGGCUUGUUUAUAUGAAACACAGAAAGGAUUUUGUUGAAAAUCAAAUAUCAGGUCAAAUUAGGUCCAAAUUUUAUCUGGCUUAGAUAGUUUUUGAGGAGGAAAGUUGAACUGAAUUAAAAUAUACUUACGGCAUAUAAUCUCAACAAAAAAAAAAGAAGAAAAAAAAAAUACUGAGAGAAACUUUAUUAUUGUUCAUAAUUUCACAUCGGAAAUAAUUAUAUGUACGGUAAAUAUUAAUUUGUAACAUUUAAAUCUGAUUUAUAAUUGAGGGUUUAGACUGUCAUAAUUGGUUUUCACCAGUUAUCAUGUUAAUAAAUAUUGACAUUUGUAGGCUUACUUAACCUUAAGUAAGGAUUUUUUUUUUCAUUCACAAUUUACUUCGAGACUCAAAUCAUCCAGAUAUUGAAAUUGAUACAAAAACACAUUGACUUGUAAUUGUUGGGCUACAUACUGAGGUGAAAAUAUUCUUUAUUGUUUCAGAGCAUUUCAGACUUGUAAAAAUAUUUUAAACUCAAUUCUUCUUUCCAAGAGGGCUUAAAGAAAAUGAUCAGUUUCUUUGUAAAAUAAGAUAUUAAUAUUAAUUCUGCUCUCAGUUUUUGAAAGAUUAAUUCUGCUCUCAGUUCUUGAAUGAUUAAUUCUGCUCUCAGUUCUUGAAUGAUUAUGAAAUAUAUGUUUGCAGAAUCUGUGAACACCACAGGGGGCUCUGAUGUGUAUUUCCCAGUGAAAACUGUCCCCCCUGAGGCAGGUCCUGUAGUGAAAGAUGAGAUGAUAAAACUUCAGAUGGAAAUCACAGGAUGCCUUCAUCUACUUGAAGCUGUUCUAAGUAGAGCCGUAUCAGGUAAUACAUUCUUGUCAUGGAUAAGUGUUCACCUGUUAUAGGCAAGAUAAGAAAUGAGUAAAACAAAGUAUGGUCAAACCUGAAAUAACAAAUACAACAAACGUGUCGGCAUGAAGCCUCGUCAGCAAACAAACAACAGAAAAAACAGAGAAUUAAAUAAACAAAAUAGCACUUAGCUGAGAAGCAGUAUCUGAGAAGCUAAGCAAGUUAAUAUAAACUAUACAAUGCAGGCAUGCUUGUUGAAAUUUUUGAAUAAAAUAGCAAAACGAGGUAUGUGUGAAGCUUGAAUAAGAUAACAGGACAAAAAACAAGGACGUUUCGGCAUAAAGCCUUCCUCAGCCAACAGUAUUCAUUUACUAAGCUUGAAAGCAGUCCUUUCAUUUAUAUUUUGAAAUUUUUGCCCAUAGUUUAUGUGCUUUAAUCUAUGUAAUAGCUCUCUCAUUGUUUAAGUGGCUAAUGUGCUUACAUGAAUCUCGCCUUGCAUACAAAUUUAGAACACAGUUUAGCAUUCCUCCUACCACCUGUCAAUUGUAAGCAAAAAGAAGGCUUCCUUAGUGUGGAAGAAGAUAUUCAUCGAGCUCAAACUCGAGCUGAGGAACAUAAGAUACGAUGCAUUCGAACAGUUUACAAUCUGACACAAAAGGUCAAAAAGCUGCAAAAAGAUAUUCCCACAACAGAUUUAACAAAUGCCAUUAGAAAGGUUUGUACCUUUUGACUCCAAGCUCUUUCUAUGUGAUUUUUAAAAUUGACAGAUUCAUUUUAUGAGGUUCUGGUUAGAUGAAAAAAUUAUUUUAUAAAUAUGGAUAAUUUUAUAAAUAUGGAUAUCAUAAAUGGUAAUAACUAGGUUUUGCUUAAAGAUUGGUUAGUUUUUUUUCUUUCCAUUUGAUGCUAGGAAAACAAAUGUACAUGAUAAAGUGUGUUAAAUCCAUUGUGAGUUGACAAACAAGUUCUCUUCAUUUCCUCUCAGGCUCAGAUAACGUCACAGUUGCCUGCCAUCCUUCGAGGCGCCUCCAAAGCUAUCCAGGUAUUUGUCAGCCAUCUCCCCUUCCAAAGGCUGGAGUCUGGCCUGCCCCCUCACUACUGUGACCUGGCCGUAUUACUACGCCAGCUUGGUGGGCUCAUUACCUUGACACAAGAUAUAGGCUUGCCUGAAGAUCACAGGAGUUUGGAGUCAUUACUGAACAGCAUAGAUGUAAGCUCAUUUCUCAAAUAUCAAUAUGGAUAUUAUAUUACGGUAGUGAAUGCCACAAACUGCCAGGUCAUCCAUGAGACAUUUGUUUCACAUGCCGACCAGAGCGUGGCACAAACUGCCAGGUCAUCCAUGAAGCAUUUGUUUCACAUGCCGGCCAGAGCGUGGCACAAACUGCCAGGUCAUCCAUGAAGCAUUUGUUUCACAUGCCGACCAGAGCGUGGCACAAACUGCCAGGUCAUCCAUGAAGCAUUUGUUUCAAAUGCCGGCCAAAAUUUGGGAAAAUGUAUUAGUUUCUCAAGUAUUUGUUUAACUAUUUAAUUAUUUUAAAAGUUAUGCUAGAGCGGUACGUUCAAAAAGCCAUGUUAUGUAAAAAAUGAAAGAAAAUAAAACUCAUAAGUUUCUACUCUGAUAAUUAGUACAAGUAGCAAUCUUUUCAAUGAAUUCCAAUAUAUUUUGAGUUAAGCCCUGGGUUUGGCAAGAUCCAUGAGUUUGUCCAGCUCUUUUGUUUCAUUCAAAGGAUCAAUUAUAAAAUAUGCAUUUCUAUUAAACAAAAUUAUUUUCCUAACUCUUUAAAAAAAAAAAAAAUCCUCUCAAAUCGAAUUUCUAUUUAAAAAAAUUAAUUUUGAGGUUAAAUUCUGUCUUUUUUUUUCUACUUGUAUAUUCACUAAAUUGUAAUUGUUAUCUGCAGAAUUUGAAUGUUAAGUGGUGUUCACAUUUAAACCAAACAUCAGGUUUGGCCAGGUCUAAGAAAUCUGGGAUCAGCCAUGACUGGAUCAGUGACACUAAAGUGGCGAAGGAUAUUUUUGCCACCAAAAAUAAGCAAGUGUUUAAAACCUAUCCAAAGAAAGCAAGUGAUCAGCUCAAGCACAAGGCUCGCCAGACAUGCCAACCUAAGCCACAGCUGAGGAAGCCGGGUAAAGGACCCUUAGGAAAAGAAAAUAGAUCUGCAUUGGCUCCCAAAAGUAAGUUUGAUUUUUCUGUCAUAAUUCCAUUUUGGCUUCCUUAUGAAAAUGGACUUGGUGUUAAAUGUGAAACUUUAGAACUUUGUCGUUUUUGUCCUAAGAAUGAUAUUUUUGAAAAGUUAGGACUAAAUUACAUUUAAACUAGUCAUCUGAUUAGGUUUUUUAACUGGCUAUUUUGUUUCAGGUUCAAUUUGUGCUUCAAUAUCAUUUCCAUUUUAUUGUUACACAACCACAUGGAUUAUAACGUUUUAAAUUAUAUUUUUGCUAAAUGUACGCUUAACAAUCUUUAAAAUUAGAAGAAAACAUUUCGUUAUAAAAUUUUUUAAACCAAAGCAAUAAAUGCCCCAAAUAACAUCUACUACUUGUCCCCACUCACUCAGCGAAGCAGCAAGGCUUUUCAGUAGGAACAGUCCAUCAGAAACAAAGGCCCAGUACUGCUCCCUACAGAGGACCAAAUAUUGGUGAACAAUCAACCUGGAAUCCUGCCAUGGUAAGUAUAUUAGCUAAAAAAAAAGUACCUCUUAAAAUGAUUGUUUCUCUCAGGCCCUUCUGUGCCUGUCUGCAUGUUUCUCUCAGGCCCUUCUGUGCCUGUCUGCAUGUUUCUCUCUGGCCCUUCUGUGCCUGUCUGCAUGUUUCUCUCAGGCCCUUCUGUGCCUGUCUGCAUGUUUCUCUCAGGCCCUUCUGUGCCUGUCUGCAUGUUUCUCUCAGGCCCUUCUGUGCCUGUCUGCAUGUUUCUCUCAGGCCCUUCUGUGCCUGUCUGCAUGUUCCUCUCAGGCCAUUCUGUGCCUGUCUGCAUGUUUCUCUCAGGCCCUUCUGUGCCUGUCUGCAUGUUUCUCUCAUGCCCUUCUGUGCCUGUCUGCAUGUUUCUCUUAGGCCCUUCUGUGCCUGUCUGCAUGUUUCUCUCAGGCCCUUCUGUGCCUGUCUGCAUGUUUCUCUCAGGCCCUUCUGUGCCUGUCUGCAUGUUCCUCUCAGGCCCUUCUGUGCCUGUCUGCAUGUUUCUCUCAGGCCCUUCUGUGCCUGUCUGCAUGUUUCUCUCAGGCCCUUCUGUGCCUGUCUGCAUUUUCCUCUCAGGCCCUUCUGUGCCUGUCUGCAUGUUCCUCUCAGGCCCUUCUGUGCCUGUCUGCAUGUUUCUCUCUGGCCCUUCUGUGCCUGUCUGCAUGUUUCUCUCUGGCCCUUCUGUGCCUGUCUGCAUGUUCCUCUCAGGCCCUUCUGUGCCUGUCUGCAUGUUUCUCUCUGGCCCUUCUGUGCCUGUCUGCAUGUUCCUCUCAGGCCCUUCUGUGCCUGUCUGCAUGUUUCUCUCAUGCCCUUCUGUGCCUGUCUGCAUGUUUCUCUUAGGCCCUUCUGUGCCUGUCUGCAUGUACCUCUCAGGAAUAUGUGCCUGUCUGCAUGUUUCUCUCUGGCCCUUCUGUGCCUGUCUGCAUGUUCCUCUCAGGCCCUUCUGUGCCUGUCUGCAUGUUUCUCUCUGGUCCUUCUGUGCCUGUCUGCAUGUUCCUCUCAGGCCCUUCUGUGCCUGUCUGCAUGUUUCUCUCUGGCCCUUCUGUGCCUGUCUGCAUGUUCCUCUUAGGCCCUUCUGCGCCUGUCUGCAUGUUUCUCUCUGGCCCUUCUGUGCCUGUCUGCAUGUUUCUCUCUGGCCCUUCUGUGCCUGUCUGCAAAACAGUUUUUAAAAUGUGAUACAUCCUGUUUAAAGGGAUUUUCAAAUAAAUAAAUAAAUAAAACUAAAUUAGACUCUGACAUUAAUUGCAGCUCAUUAAAUCAGUCUAUCUUUCUUUUUUUUUUUAUGCCACUGAAUAAUUUCACAUAUGUUUUAGUUAAUUGUAUUGAAUAAUGUGCUACAAUUUACAGAAUAAAGAACAAGUUCAAGACGCAUUGUCCAAUCAGAGGAGGGCAUGGAUUGAAAUGGCAGCAGCUAAGUUUGACAAAGCCAGUUCUGAACCUUUAUCACCCAGGUAAAUAAUAUGCCUUGCUUGCAGCCACUAAACAUUUGUCAAAGAAAUAGAGCGGCUCUUAUAAAGGGUUGUCAACUACUGUCAAAGAAAUAGAGCGGCCCUUAUAAAGGGUUGUCAACUACUGUCAAAGAAAUAGAGCAGCUCUUAUAAAGGGUUGUCAACUACUGUCAAAGAAAUAGAGCAGCUCUUAUAAAGGGUUGUCAACUACUGUCAAAGAAAUAGAAUAAGAUUAAAGCUCAAUGCAGGACAACAAAAUCCUUGAUUGUGUCCCAUGACAUGUUCCUGAAAACACGUCAAUAAAGUUGACACACACGCACAUACACACACAGACACACACCUGUGAAAUUCUUCAUCCUCCUUUUCUUAGCAAGAGGAAAGGUGUGAACUUUGACCUGGCUGGCCAUCCAACAACGUCACCACUCCACUUGCGGAGCACCAACUCAUCCCCUUCAAAUUGUACAGAAUCUCCUUUUUAUGUUGCCCAAGUACCAGAUGGCGAUGUCAGGUAGAAAUUUUUAGUCAUCAUUUGAGACAGCCAAGGUCUAUUUUUUUUUAUCUGUACUGUUAAUUCUUUCCUGUCUUAAUCUUGAUUCAGUGAGAGUUACACAGUAAAAGUGAGAGUUACACAGUUAAAGUGAGAGUUACACAGUUAAAGUGAGAGUUACACAGUUAAAGUGAGAGUUACACAGUUAAACAGUUUUUUUCCAGAUACAAUAUUCAAAUCAUGAUUUUAAAGGAAAAUGUAAUUAAACCCCCCACUAGAUGAGUCUACUGCCGGGCAGUUUGAUGGGUCAAUGUCCACCGGGGGGAACAACUCUGUCUAGCUUAUGCUUUUGUCCUCCUGCCCACACUGGAUGAUGACAUGCAAUAACAAAAAAAUUUUGGGGGGGGGGGGAAUAGUAGAUUUCUCUAAUUUCUCUAUCUACUACAUUCUUCUUUGAUAUUGCACUGUGUUCAAAAGCACAAGCUGCACACAAUGAAAACUCCGCGCUUACAGCCAACAAGAUGGCUGACACCCCAAUCCGAACCCCACUACGAUCGUCUAACAACAACACUCAGGAAUACUCAGCAGCAACCUAAAACCGCUUUCGGUUCUGAGAACUCUCAACACCAACUUAACCUGCAGACUCGGGGCCCCAUGUUCACCCGGCAUUUCUUCAUCUGACUUUGUUUACUGAACUGUACCAGCAACCAAUCACAACAGGCCCCCACAGAAAACCAUUCCCCCAUUCAUGACCAAGCAACAGGACCCAAAACACGCUCCACACCAGUUCAUAACAGAACAUUUUCAAGCAAUCUUUUUUUUUUUAUAUAUAUAUAAUUCAAUUGAAAAUGUGCAUGGAGCCCAAGUCACCAAUAAAAAAUGUGAUCAGAUUUAAACUACUUUUAAGUAUGCUUGAAAGAAUAGUUAUAACGUAUUGUUGUAACAAUAGUUAUUUGUCUAUUCGUAGGGAAAUGUUUCCAGACAAGCAGACUGCUGGGGUAAAUAUGCUUUUCUUAUUUAUUAGAAAAUAGUUGAUGCAAAGUGGCGGCGGCGUCUUUGGGUGGGUGCUAAGGGUGUGGACCAGACAGGCAUCACGACUUGGAGGGACGACACCAGAACAAAUGCCUUUUGAAAUUUUUAUCAUAACGGAGGGUUCUGUAUGGCCUGGGAUAGGAUGAUGGUUGGGGCGACACUAUAAAACUGUAUUGUGGGACACCAUCCCUAUCCUAGUAACACCACUGCAUAGAGCAGGGGUCUCAAACUCAAAUCAUCCGGGGGCCGCAGGAGGUAGAGUCUGAAUGAGACUGGGCCGCAUCAAGUAUUCCACAAAAAAGCAACUACAAACUCAAUAACAUACAACUGUGACAAUCUGCUCAACCUUUAUAAAAAGCAAAUAAAAACAUUAAGGGUUCUCAAGAACUAGGCUUGACUUUCUUCCUCCUACUCAUUGUUGCCAGAGACCUGGCAGUGCUUCUUCUUACACAGCUGAGCAACAUUUGGCUUGAGUGAGAAAUCAACUGAGACCCUCGGUAUAGUUUGAAGAUGCUCAUCGGUAAGUUUGGCCCUGACCUUUCACUUGUCAAAGUUCAUAGUGGGAAAAGAGCUUUUCACACAGAUAGGUCCUCUCAAAAAAGGCACAUGAACCGCUUGAGCAACCUGGAAAUCUCAGGGAAGGAGGAGGGCAAUGCUCCCAUAAACUGCCCAUGAGUGUCUGUCUCUCCAUUCACUCCCUGAACUUAGAAUUGCACUGAAGAUCAAUCAGCUCCAUUUGAAGUGCAAAAAAAAAACAAAAAAAAAAAAAAAAAAAAAAAAAAAAAAAAAAAAAAAAAAAAAAAAAAUGGGGGGGGGGGGGGGCAUCUUCCACAUUAAAGGAGAAAGGCUCAGCAAAAAGUUUAAAAGUGGCUGUGUGUGUUUUGAAGUCUAAAAAAUGUGAUCAAAUUCUUCCUUUAGCUUUGCAAUGGCAUCAGUAUACUUACUACUGAAUGGUGUGCCUGAGUCCAUGAAUACUUUGCAUGUUGGGAACUGGCAGAGGUUUCUUUAAGAACCAUAACACAAGUUUUGUGCAGAAUGCCCUGAAAUUGUCAUAGGCAACACUGACAAGCUACCCCUGGUCUCGUAACUUCUUGUUGAGUACACUCAUCUCCUGUGUAAUGUCAACAAGAAAAGCCAAGUCCAUGAGCCAUUUGGGAUCACUUAGUGCAGGAACAACCACCUCAUAGUGGUGGUUGUUGAAGGUCCAUGAAGGCUUUAAAUGCUAAAAUGUGUUCAUACAGUAAGCAGGAGCAGAAAAUAUUUAUGAAUUAUUGUUGCGAAGGAAGAAGCUAUUGUAGGGAGAAUGAAUUUUGAUUUUUUGUGUGUAGAAAAGCCUUUUUGACUAACUCUAUUUGAAAGUGACCAAGCUGACAGGCUUGGAAUUUCCCUCACUCGUAAACACUAGUGGCAAUUAUAAUAGGGAUUCUUUGAUACUGAAUCCGAUAGCUACGAUUUACACAAUUACAUGGUUGUGCGUUACCCAUUAACUGACCUUUUAAAACUUUUCUUAAAACCGCACUCUUGCCAUGUUUGUAUCAUAAUAUGCGAUAAAAUAAAAACUUUUAGUCCGAUUAUAAAACUGUUCUUACCAUUAUAAUCAAAAUACAAAUAUAUACAAUAUAUGUUUAGUAUCCAUAUUACACUUUUAUGAUAUCUACACUGCCUGUUGUUUUGUUUAGUCCAAGAUUGGCACAUCAUCAAACUGUGGAUUCAGGCCCCUUCCAGAAACUGGCAGACUUAGGUACGUACUAAAUAAUGGAGUGGUUCAUUGAGGUUGACCUUGUGUUUAUACCUGCUUGUUGGCAUUGAUGAAGGUCCACAUUUUUGUAAAACAGAGUAGAUUGAUUGUGGAUACUGCCUACUUUUUAAAAAUCCUGGUGGUUCCUAAAUCAUAAUUGUUUUUUUUUUUAUAUACUUGAUUCCAGUAAUUUGAGUAGGACCAAUGAAAACAGACCCAACGAUAUAUUUAAAUUUACCGUACAGUCUUCCAGUCAAUGUUUACAUAGCUAAACCAUGGCAGUGACCAAUGAUAUGAAAGCAGAACUAAUCUACUUGAUCUUUUCUCACAGAAAAUAAACAGUUAUUUACCUACGUGAUUGUACUCCAUAUCUAUGUGGUUGUACCCCAUAUCUACGUGGUUGUUCCGGAUAUCUAUGUGGUUGUACCCCAUAUCUACGUGGUUGUUCCGGAUAUCUAUGUGGUUAUACCCCAUAUCUACGUGGUUGUACUCCAUAUCUAGUAUCUCACUGAAAAAUUAUUUUAGUCACCAAGUCAAAAAUCCCUUGCACCAAUUUUAUGCACUGUGUAUUUAAAGAUGAAGACAAUGAUUGUUGUGUAAAAAGUAGCUUAUAAACACCAUGAUAUUUUGAGAGUAUUUUAAAAGUAUUCACAGGGAGUAUUUUAAGAGUAUAUUCAUUUUAUAAAUAUGUGACAUUUAAACGGUUUCUUGAUCAAACAUUUUCUGCAGGUCUGCUGAUGUGUCCAACUCUUUCAUUGAUGAAGUUGAACAUCGCUUGCUCUCCAGAUUGCUGAAACAAAAUGGAGUGUCAAGAACAUACGAGGGCAACUCAAAAAAGUUGGAAUCCCAGAAAAUAUUGGUAAAGAGUGUAAACAUUUUUCACCUUAGUGACAGGAGAGUGUGACUGUAAUAAUGGUCACUCUCUUUCCAAACUCAUUGUAUUUAUAGCUUGCCUGAAAUAACACAUUUCUUUAAACCAUUUUCAUAUUUUAAAAUUUAUUAAAACACAUUACUCUAUUAUUGCAGUCAGAAGUUGAUGAGCGCACAAGUUCGGUCGAUCUUGGUGAUUGGUCUGACCACCUUGUGGAGGAAGAAAUCCGUGCGGAAGCAGUUUCAUUAGUUGAUGCCCCAACUUUGGAGAAUAUCAAACUUAGGCUCAAUGAAAUGCAGGUAUUAAGUUGUAAUAGGAAAGUGCAUGAAAAUUUUAUACCCAAAAAGAAAUAUGUACUGCCAUAUCACCAAUGUAGUCAAAUGAAAUACAGAGUCACAUGAUAAUGAAUUAGGCACUUUAUUACAAUAAGAUCGAAUUCACAUGAUAAAUAAAUAAAUUCACUUAUAACACAGGAUAUCCAUAAAUAUAUAUGUGUUCACUUCUGUGUUCAUUAAUUAUCUUUACUUCUGUCCUCACAAUGAUCACACACUUUACUAUAGCACAAACUCAUAACACGACCUCUUAAUACGGCUGUCUACACUCGUCCGUAAUAUCUCUACAUUUGUUGCCUCUCAAUUGAUUCCAUCCAACAUCAAAACAGCAUACACACACACACAGUUAUACUGUUACAGCUUUUAAAUUUUUAAAACGGCAGAUCACACAUAGUAGAAAUAAUACAUUCCGUACAAAGGUUGAUUAAAUCAAAUUGUCCUUGUUCAAAGGGAUCAAUCUAUGUUAAAUGUAAUCAUUGGUGUCCAUUUGAAGUUUGUUGGCAAUGAACAAGUUUUAACUUAUGUUCUUGAUUAAAUACUUGUAUUUCUUGUUAACAAAGUUGUUGUUUAUGGCAACCAAAUUAAUAGUGCUUACCCUAAAAAAUCCGAUGUCAACUUUACUUGCUGAUGGGCUGCACUUACAGACUCAAUAAACAUUUUACAUAACACUAUUCAGAACAUCACAUAAGUAAACUAAGGAUACAUCUAUACAUAAAUGCCAUCAAUAAACAUUCUAGAGAACACUAUCCACAACAUGGCAUCAAUAAACAUAGUAGAGAACACUAUUCAGAACUUGCCAUCAAUAAAUAAUUGACACUGAUCUUAAUUUUACCCCACACAGCUGUGCCCUCUCGUAGGUUUAGAGAAUUAUUUACUUUAUUUGAACUUGUCGUUUUUUUCCCUUUCUUUAAGAGAGAGCAGAGAGAAAUUAGUGAGAGAUGGUCUUCUCUUAAGUUUGCUGAUGUGCAACAGAGAUCUAAAAGACUGACAUCAAGUAAUCAUUUUACACCAUUUUUCCUUUAGAGGCUCAUUAAAGGGAACUUUAAAUUAAAUUGAAUUAAAUUACACAUCAUAAAAAUAACAGCUCUUGUAAUCUUUGAAUCUUUGCUUGUUACAGGAAAAAAACAAUUACUUUCUAGGACAAUAGAUUAAAAGAAUAUUCAAAAACAGUGAAAUGAAAUGAUUGGGUUCGUUUUUCUUGAAUGUGAGUUAGCUCAACACUAUCUAGGUUUCAAUAGCUUCACUGCAAUCCAUGUUUGUAAGUUACAACAAUAGGAGUUGUAUUGGUGUGUGACAUCCUAAAUAUCUCUGCCAUGAUACAGACCUCAUGAUGGUUUGGGAAAAACAUCUUUGCACUUUUACUGACAUGAAAAGUAAAAAAAAAUAUACAAAUAAUCAUUCAGGUGUUGUCGUCGUCCCCCCCGUCCCCCCCAACCGCACCCCAUUUUUACACUUAUUUUAAUGUUGUAAUCUCCAUGUUUCUCCUGCAAUCCUAUUCUAAUAUUUUACUUGACUUGCCCAGGUGAGCAUGCACCCCGUAACCCUCCGGCCAUUCAGGUCACAAGAAUGACUGCACUGGAUGGGAAGCACAGUUCCAGAGGGUUUGUUACACCAUUGAUUUGAUGUGCUCUGAAUUUAUGAAACUUUACCCACCCAGUGUCUUGUCGGUGUCUUUUAUUCCAUAAAAUAUGAUCUUCAUUUGCAAAUUUUCCUAUUUCAUUAUUUUAUUUUCCUGACAAUGGUAAUAAAUGUUUUUUUUAUGUUUACAUUAAAGGUAGUGUUGCCAGUUUUACAAAAGAAAAAAAAAAUUGAAGAUAAUUUCCUUGAUCGGAAAAAGAUUAAAACAAAAUUAUCUCAUAUUUCAAGUGACACAGAUCGUGUCAUAUUUCAAGUGACACAGAUCAUGUCAUAUUUCAACUGACACAGAUCAUGUCAUACUUCAACUGACACAGAUCAUGUCAUAUUUCAACUGACACAGAUCAUGUCAUAUUUCAACUGACACAGAUCAUGUCAUAUUUUAACUGACACAGAUCAUGUCAUAUUUGAACUAACACAGAUCAUGUCAUAUUUCAACUCACACAGAUCUCUGUCAUAUUUCAAUUGACAAAGAUCAUGUCAUAUUUCAACUGACAAAGAUUCAGUUGUUUUCCAUUUCUUUUAUAUUUAGUUGUUUUCUUUUUGCAACAUUGAAAGAAUCAUAAUUUUAAAAUGUAAAUUUUGAGACAUAUUAAUUUUUUUUUUUAUGAACUUACUGCACUAAUUAUGAAAAUUAUUAUGCAACCAUGCUGUUUAAAAUCUUGAAAUAAAUAAUUAUAAGUUUUAAGAAUUUUGAAGACGCUUCCCAUUGCUAUUUUGCUCGUUAAAUUCAAAAGUAAUUUAUAAAAUUAUUAACUCCAUAAAUGUAGAACUUCGGUAAUCUUCUACUCCAGGCCAGAGCGUACAGCAUGGACAGAAGAGCCCCUCAUCUUCACCAGACAGGACAGCAGCCAUCAAGUUAGACAAAUCAACACCCAUGUUGUGGAGAAGCAAAAAGUAGUGGCGUCUAAGAAAAUGUUGACCUUUAGCCAAACAGCGGUGGAAAAAAUCCAGUUGGAGCGUCAGAGAUACGAGAGUUAUCUUCGGAAGCGAUCACACCAUCCGUCUGGCCAUUUUGACCCAUGGAAACUUGUAGAGGAGUGAGACUCUCUUUGAUAAUCUUUUUUUUACUUUGUCAUAUAAUCCCUCUUUUACUUUGUCAUAUAAUCCCUCUUUUACUUUGUCAUAGCAUCUUUCUUUUACAAAUUGUCUUAUAAUCUCUCUUUUACUUUAUCAUUAUCAUCUCUCUUUUAAACUGUUCUAUAAACUCUCCUAUACACUGUACUAUAAUCUCUCUUUUACACUGUACUAUAAUCUCUCUUUUACACUGUACUAUUAUCUCUCUUUUACACUGUCCUAUAAUCUCUCUUUUUCUUUGUCAUAUAAUCUCUCUCUUGUACACUGUUCUAUAAUCUCUCUUUUACACAGCCUAUAAUCUCUCUUUUACACUGUCCUGUAAUCUCUCUUUUACAUUGACCUAUAAUCUCUUUUUUUUUCUUUACAUUGUCCUAUAAUGUCUCCUUUACAUAAUCUCCACUCCAUCAUUUUAUAAUCCCUCCAUUGCACUGUCUGAUAAAGCCUGUGUUACAGUGUCCUAAAAUAACUCAUAGGCCGAUCAUUUCUUACCAAUGGCUGUGACUGUCUUUGUUAUAUUUCCUGUGUUUAUGAAAAAUGUCAGGUCAGCUUCCUCUCUUUAAAAAAGUUACUGGUAUUGUACAGGGAUAACUCUUGCUGGGCUUCAGUUACCUUUUCCUUAAUUUGGUGUGGAGGAGAGACACAGGAAAUUACUGAGCGCCAUAAAUCUGAGAUCAUGUCAAGUUAUUAUGAGUGUAUCAAAUAAGUCAAACUAAGUCACAAAGCCCAAAUGUUCUGGCCCAGGUGCUCCCAAUAACAGCAGCAACAACAACAGCAACAACAACCACCUUUCCUCUGUACCCACUGUGCCCAACACCUCACCUGAACAUUCUGGAAAAAUUUUCUAUGAUUUUUUUAUUCUAAAAAUUUUUUACAGAAUAUCUGACGAAAUUCUCGAUGAUUGCCUCCAGGAAGUGGCCAGGGAGCUGGAGUCAGUCAAUGAGGCAAUAGCCAAUGACAUGUUCAAGUCUGAGUUCAUGGUGGACAAAGCUGCGGCUGAUGUCAGCUUGACCUCACGAGGUGGCGACAUUACCGGCACUCUGACACGGGAGGAAGGGUUAGUGAGUCCCCGCCAGCAGGGCUGGGGCGGCGGGGAUGCUCCUGGUGUGAACUUUGACCCAAUGGCCUCCCCGGAGAGCCCGAAACAGAACAAGUUCCAUGAGACGGCACAGUUUUCACCCCAGAAGAUAAACACGUUUAAAUAUUCUGGGGAAUCUGUGCAGCUUCUGCCCGAUGACCUUUCCGACAAGGUCGUGGUGAUUAACACUGCUGCCAAGGCCACCAUGGUGAAUAACACAGGUGUCAAGGUAAAGGACACUUCAAAUCACUCAUCGGAUAACUCUGAAUCUGAGCACAUUUCUCCAGAGUCAUCUCUGUCCGAGCUAACACCAAAUAAACCUGGUACCCAGGAGAAGGAGAUAUCUGAGGAGAAGGAAAGAUCUGAAGAGGAGGAGAGACCUGAGGAGAAGGAAAGAUCUGAAGAGGAGGAGAGAUCUGAGGAGGAGGAGGAGAGAUCUGAUGAAAAGGAACAUAGGGAGCGUGUAAUCAGCAGCGGGGCUGUAGUAGAAGAUGACGAGGAAUAUUCUGAUGAGGAUUUUGAAGAUGAUAACGAUGAUGGUGAUGAUCACGACAGUGAUGAUGAUGGUGAUGAUAUCUAAAACUGUGAAACAUGAAUCAUUUAAAAUGUAAUUAUAAGAUAAUUGUUACACACUGACCUCUGAUAAGUUACCUGGCACUGUUGGCCAUUGAUACUUUUCGAUCUGUUUCAGUUGAUGGUGAUGUUGUCAGGGAGUUUGAGGAGGUAUUCAAUAAUUUUUAUCUGCAGACAUUCAAUUUCUUGUUUACUUGGUGGAGCCAAUGAUCUCCUUUUAAAAUCUGAUUUGAUGCACAUGAACAAAUGAUGGCGUUCAAUGUGGCCUUUGAUUUAUUUGACUCAAAUACUCUGGGACAACUUUAAUUGAAGAUCUGUUUACUGUUAAGUUUUUUUUUACCUGAUUGUUAAAUUAUUAGAAGAUUUAUAUUUGUCUUCUUCUUACCUUUUUAAACACAUUUAUUUAUUUGUGUUUUUACUUGACUCUUGUCAACUAGAAUACUCUUGUGGUAUAUCACAUGAUAGAUCUGAUGGGUUGGGUUACAACCAGGGUUGGUGGCGUCUGAUCGUGACCUACUUCUCAAGGGUAGAACUCUUCAUAGCCUCAUUUAGGAUUUACUCCCUCUACUGAAGGUUUCCCCC